UAUUUCAUGCAAACGAGUUUCGGGCUGUACUAGGUAUCAUCUCAGUUUGAAACGUUGCAUGUUUUGCAUUCUGUAAUAUUAACUAAACAGGAUUGAAGCUGUUUGAUUUGCAUUUGUGGAGAUAAUCGCAUGUGGUGACAACGCGUGUAACCUACAUUGUGUCACAGAACAGGCAGUGUACCUCCAUAUCCAGGUGCUGUAGCCAGGUGAAUGUUGGGGGUUCGAGCCCUGUUUGGCAUUGGUCUUCUUGUGACGUCACGAGGGGGCUCUGUCCUGAAACAUACAGGAGCAUGUGCACAUAUUUCCAAUAACAUCUACAGUAAAGAUCUCACUCAUAGACAGGCCUGCACCAUGGCUAAUACAAUCAAAUAUUUGGGACAAGAAGAGGCUCAGCACAUUGAUGAAGAACUGUUUAAUGAAUACAGCUUCAGUGUGGAUCAGUUAAUGGAGCUGGCUGGCCUUAGCUGUGCCACAGCUGUUGCUAGGGGCUAUCCUUUGCAGUCUUUGCUCAAGACUCCACCCAGAGUAUUGAUCAUCUGUGGGCCUGGAAAUAACGGAGGGGAUGGAUUGGUCUGUGCAAGACAUCUUAAAUUGUUUGGAUAUGAGCCGUCUGUGCUGUACCCAAAGCGCCCCAACAAACAGCUGUUUCAGAAUCUUACCACCCAGUGUGAAAAGAUGGAUAUUUCCUUCCUGACUGAGAUGCCUGAGGCUGAUGUGAUCGACGAAGCCUAUAAUGUGGUGGUAGAUGCCGUUUUUGGAUUCAGUUUCAAGGGGGCUGUGCGAGAGCCAUUCGGUGAAAUCCUUUCCCAACUAAAGAAAAUCACAGUACCCAUUGCUAGCGUUGAUAUACCUUCAGGCUGGGAUGUGGAGAACGGCUCUCCUGAUGGGAUUCAGCCAGACAUGCUCAUCUCCCUCACAGCCCCCAAGAAAGCAGCCCAUCACUUCAAAGGACGCUAUCACUUUCUGGGAGGACGAUUUGUUCCUGCUGCACUUGAACAGAAGUACCAGCUGAAUCUGCCUCAGUAUCCAGGCACUGACUGUGUGUAUAAGCUCAAUUAAACAAUAAACUUUAUCGUGAUAACUGUAUAAGGUUCCACUAUGAA